CGGAAAAGGAAAGUACGAAAGACGUUUUAAACGUUCGGCGAUAACGUGCGCAACUCAGACAACUGUGCUAAAUAUAUGACCUCACCUAUAAUUGUAUAGUCUUACAACCUAUAAUGUGUCGAUCGAUGUGUCAGGUGUUAUAAAGUUUAAUUGUAAUGUCAUUUAAUUGCAGGAAAACUUGAAUGUCGCUGCGCAUGGAAAGAGGACGCUAUUUAUCCGACUUGUUUAAAAACCUUUCUCGUCUUCAGAGGUGUUUAAGGCUCUAAUGGUGUCUGAAUGCUCUUCAGUGCAGAAACAUGCUCGGGUUUCGUGUGUUAGUAGCGUUGUUGCUUCAUGUAAACGCUCUCUGCAUGUAUCUGAACUGGACAUCACAUGACAGACCCAACAUAGUCAUGGUCAUGUCUGAUGCCUUCGAUGGCAGGUUAACUUUUCAUCCAGGGAAUAAAGUUGUACAGCUGCCAUAUAUCAACUACAUGAGAGAAAUGGGUGCUGUCUUUCUCAACUCUUACACUAAUUCACCAAUCUGCUGUCCUUCCAGGGCAGCUAUGUGGAGCGGACAGUUUGUUCAUUUAACUCAGUCCUGGAACAACUAUAAAUGUCUUGAUCCCAAUGCCACAACAUGGAUGGACCAUUUACGUAAGAGUGGGUACCACACCCAUAGCAUGGGAAAACUGGACUAUACGUCAGGGGGGCACUCUGUCAGUAAUCGUGUGGAGGCAUGGGUCAGAGACCUGCCAUUCUUACUGAGGCAAGAGGGCCGUCCAGUCACAGAGCUGGUGGGUGAUUCGUCCACAAAGAGGGUCAUGAGUAAAGACUGGAACAUCACUGAUGCUGCAGUCCAGUGGAUUCGGCACACUGCAGCAUCUCUCUCCCCACCAUUUGCACUUUACUUGGGUCUGAAUCUUCCCCACCCUUACUGCACAGACUCCCUGGGGCCUACAGCUGGUGGUUCCACCUUCCGCACCUCCCCUUAUUGGCUUAAAAAGGUUUCCUAUGAGCAAGUGUCUGUGCCGAAGUGGUUGCGGUCUGAAGAUACACAUCCUGUGGAUUACUACUCGACCUUCACCAAAAACUGUAGUGGGAACUUCACAGAGGAAGAGAUCAGAAAAAUCAGAGCCUUUUACUAUGCUAUGUGUGCUGAAACAGACAGCAUGUUAGGUGAGGUGAUUGCUGCUCUUCGAGACACUGGCUUUUUGAACAGCACAGUUGUAUUGUUCACUGCUGAUCAUGGGGAUCUAGCCAUGGAACACAGGCAGUUCUAUAAGAUGUCCAUGUUUGAGGGCAGCUCUCAUAUCCCUCUGCUUAUAAUGGGCCCUGGAGUAAAGUCAGACUUUGAAGUCAGCCUACCUGUCUCACUAGUAGACAUAUAUCCCACUGUGCUUGAUCUUGCUGAUGUUCCACAGCCAGGGGGUCUCAGUGGUCACUCAUUGCUUCCUCUGGUGUCCAGGGUCAGCGUUCAGUCAGCUGAUCCUCAUCCUGGGUGGGUGCUUAGUGAAUAUCAUGGUUGCAAUGCUAAUGCCUCUACAUAUAUGCUGAGGAUAGACGAGUGGAAGUACAUCACAUAUGCAGAUGGCUUGACUGUUCCCCCACAGCUUUUUAAUUUGUCCAAAGAUGAAUCGGAAUUGAAGAAUGAUGCAUUACAUUUCCCUGACAUAUGUCUGCACCUGGACAAGCAGUUGCGCACAAUUGUGGACUAUCCCAGGGUCUCACAGUCUGUUCAUCGCUACAAUAAACAACAGUUUCUAAAAUGGAAGCAAAGCCUUUGGGACAAUUACUCCCAGGUCAUAGCCAACCUGCGAUGGCAUAUUGACUGGCAAAAGGACCCCAAGACUCAUGAGAGAGAAAUUGAGGAGUGGCUUGCAGGGGUAGAAUGACUAUCCAGAUCCAGAAGGGACUUUUCAGCUCCUGUUUAGAACAAAAGUAUAUUGUUUGUAUGGUCAACAAAAGUCGAGUUGCUAAUGUGCUUGAAACAUAGUUUGACCUACUACUACUGAAUGUCAUAUAUGAGGUUAAACUUGAAUUUAGUUUGCUGAAAGAGCAUCCACUUAAGAAGUAUUUAGUAUUAAUGAUAUGAAUAAAGAUAAAAAUCAAAUCACAAUACCUUUACAAAAAAGUACUUUGGUGAUGGUACAGUGAUGGUAUCAGAUUAUUAUACCAUGUUUUACACUAAUGGGUGUUUCUUUAACUAUGGCCCAUUUCCCCUGGACCAAAGGAAACUCCCUUUAAAUAAUUUUUCACACUCUCACUAAUUUGUUUAAUUUGUCUAACAAAUUACACAUGUAUCAGAGGAGAUUAAUGCCCCCUUUUUUUUUUUUUUUUUUUGAAAGUCAUGUAAGUUCCCACCACAGUGUCAUUACAUUUUUUUGUACUGUGUUUAAUAGAAUUCCAUAGUAGAAAUGGCAGUGAUGGAAAUGUUUAUAUAUAUAUAUACACAGUUGUGCUCAAAAGUUUGCAUACCCUUGGAGAAAUGGUAAUAUAUGUACCAUUUUUAAAGAAAACAUGAGUAAGCAGGCAAAACACAUUUCUUUUAUUUCUUAUGGGAUUCAUAUUCAACUGUAGGUUAUAACAGAAUGGCACAAUCAUAAAACAAAACAUGGCAAUAAAGAAAAAUAUGAAAUAACCCCUGUUCAAAAGUCUGCAUACCCUUAGUUCUUAAUACUGUGUAUUGCCCCCUUUAGCAUCAAUGACAGCGUGCAGUCUUUUGUAAUAGUUGUCUAUGAGGCCCCAAAUUCUUGCAGGUGGUAUAGCUGCCCAUUCGUCUUGGUAAAAUGCCUCCAGGUCAGGCAAAGUCUUUGGUCGUCUUGCAUGAACCGCACGUUUGAGAUCUCCCCAGAGUGGCUUGAUGAUAUUAAUGUCAGGAGACUGUGAUGGCCACUCCAGAACCUUCACCUUUUUCUGCUGUAACCACUGGAGGGUCAACUUGGCCUUGUGCUUAGGGUCAUUGUCGUGCUGGAAAGUCCAAGAGCAUCCCAUGCACAGCUUUCGUGCAGAAGAAUGCAAAUUGUCUGCCAGUAUUUUCUGAUAACAUUCUGCAUUCAUCUUGCCAUCAAUUUUCACAAGAUUCCCUAUGCCUGGGGGCCUGGGUAGCUCAGUGGUCAAAUACUCUGGCUACCACCCCUGGAGUUCACUAGCUUGCUAGUUUGAAUCCCAGGGUGUGCUGAGUGAAUCCAGCCAGGUCUCCUAAGCAACCUAAGGUUGCUAGGGAGGGUAGAGUCACAUGGGGUAAACUCCUCGUGGUUGCUAUAAUGUGGUUCGUUCUCAGUGGGGCGCGUGGUGAGUUGAGCACGCUCAACAAGCCAUGUGAUAAGAUGUGUGUGUUGAUGGUCUCAGAUGCAGAGGCAACUGGGAUUCAUCCUCCACUACCUGGACUGAGGCAAAUCACUACACAACCACAAGGACUUAAAAGCACGUUGGGAAUUCCAAACUGGGAGAAAAAGGGAAAAAAUCCCCAUGCUUCACAGUGGGGAUGGUAUUCUUUUCACUAUAGGCCUUGUUGACCCCUCUCCAAACAUAGCGCUUAUGUUUGGAGAGGGGUCACUCCAAAUUACAGUGUGCCAGAAGCUGUGAGGCAUGUCAAGGUGUUGUCAGGCAUAUUGUAACUGGGCUUUUUUGUGGCAUUGGUGCAGUAAAGGCUUCUUUCUGGCAACUCGACCAUGCAGCUCAUUUUGGUUCAAGUAUCGUCGUAUUGUGCUUCUUGAAACAACCACACCGUCUUUUUCCAGAGCAGCCUGUAUUUCUCCUGAGGUUACCUGUGGGUUUUUCUUUGUAUCCCGAACAAUUCUACUGGCAGUUGUGGCUGAAAUCUUUCUUGGUCUACCUGACCUUGGCUUGGUAUCAGGAGAUCCCCGAAUUUUCCACUUCUUAAUAAGUGAUUGAACAGUACUGACUGGCAUUUUCAAGGCUUUGGAUAUCUUUUUAUAUCCUUUUCCAUCUUUAUAAUGUUCCAUUACCUUGUUACGCAGGUCUUUUGACAG